AUGUUUAUAGUAGGUCUAACUGGUGGACUAGCGACUGGAAAAAGUACAGUACUUUCAAUAUUUCGAGCGAAUGGCAUAGCAGUAAUUGACGCUGAUGAAGUAGCAAGACAAGUGUUGCUGCCUGGUACAAAAGCAUGGAGGGAGCUUCGAGGUUUCUUUGGAGACGAAGUACUCUUCUCUGAUGGUAAUGUGAACAGAGCUAGACUAGGGGAGAUUGUAUUUGACGAUAUUGAAAAGAGAAGAAAGUUAAAUGCCAUCACACACCCUAGAAUACAAAGAGCAAUGAUGAAGAUGGCUAUAUCAUACUUCUUCUCGGGCCAUAGUUAUAUUGUUAUGGAAGUCCCGCUGUUAUUUGAGACUGGGAAGAUGUUGACCUUCAUGCACAAAAUUAUAACUGUUGUUUGUGAAGAUCACCAGCAACUGGAAAGGCUGUGCAAACGCAACGACUUCUCGGAAAAUGUCGCUAAGAAACGUAUAUCUUGUCAGAUGCCUCUUGAAGAGAAGGUGGCGAAGUCACACUUCGUAAUAGAUAACUCUGGAAGUUUCGAGAACACUAGGCAACAAACUGAAUGCAUAAUUAGAUUGCUCAAGAGGUCUAAGUUUACUUGGUACUUCCGAGCGAUAUUUGGUAUUGCGUUCUUAUCUGUGGUCUUUGGAAUCGGUCAUAUAGUCAGCAAUUUCAUAAUGAAUAAAACUGAAUGA